AUGGAAAAUAAUACGAGAGGAAAAUCUAUGCUAUCACCAAAAGAUGGUUGUAUUUUUUGCUCCAUUGCUUAUGGAAAGACAAAUCAAACAAUCCGUUUCGAAAGCAGUGAUUUAGUGAUAUUUGAUGAUCACUUACCAAAAGCUCAGUAUCACUUUCAGUGUGUUCCUAAAAAGCACAUAAGGAACGCUAAAUACUUAACGUAUGAAGAUAUACCACUAGACAUGAUGAACUGCGGGAAGAAUUACAUCACUAGUCAAUUGAAAUUGGACCCAGACGAUUUUUUGUUUGGAUUUCAUUGGCCACCAUUCAAUAGUGUUCAUCAUUUACACAUGCAUAUCCUUGGACCUAAACAACUUAUGGGCUUUAAUCUAAUAUUUGAUCCCCGGUUUCAUAUUUUCCGAAAGGUUGAAAGAGUUUUGGAUGGUUUACAAAAGCUCGAAAUUGGGAGGAAGAAGUGAAAUAGGUCGACCCUAAGCAGUCAAAUGAAUAACUAAAUACUCAGUUGGCUUUCUUAACAUGCUUUCAUAUUUUCUUCCCUAUUUUGUUGAUCAUUAAAUCAAUGUAGAUAGUUCUUUUUUUACAGUGUUUUCGAAUCAUGUAAUUUAAUAUAGUCUUUUUUAUACAGACUACCAUUUCUCAGAACACAAUCUUAAAAGCCGUUGUGAUAUUGUUUUGACAAAAAGUAUGUUUUCAUUAUUUUAUCAGAUACGAUUCUCAAUGAAUCAUAUUUUUCAUAUCUUCA